AAAUAAUGUCAAUCGACUGUUCAUUGUUAAGUUAUAUGGAUAAGCUGAAGGCAACCUCCAAAAAAAUGACAUUAAGACUGAAGAAAUACGUUUCUACAAACACCAUGGCUAUCUGCACAAUGUUUGAAGCGUUUAUAUCAUUCGCAAUAAUGAUACUUUGGGGUUCCUGUAAAUACCCAACCGGAAUGAUGAUCCAAAGAGAAAGAUUUCUGUUCAAUCAUACGGCACCGGCCUUUUCUCUGACGGCUGGUGGUUUUGUUUUUGACCACAUUAUGGGAAACGAAACACCGUAUCAGUUGCAGUUGGUGUAUUCCGUUCUCGGGUUCACUCUCUACGGCACAGUCCUCAUCAUCCAGCUCUUCAACUACCAUUACUUCGACUCAUACAGGAUGGCAGUAAUGAUCUUCAUGCACGUUAUUGCGGUCAUCAUCUUCUUAUUUACUGCCAUUAUUAUUUUUUCUAUUAGAGGAAAUUUAUGCAGCGAAUGGAAAGAAAACCCAAAGGCUGGUUCAUCCGGUUACGCUUCGAAACAAACACAAACGAGCAAUGUUAAAAUUAAGCGAGGAUCCCACCAGUCGUGGUUAUUUGAUUCAGAUAACGGUGAAGGAGAAAUAAUUGAUGUCGAGCAACUUAUGACAGAUAUCAAACCUCAAACUGAAGAAGCGGGGACCGACGUGUUGGGAUUAUUUGAUCCAGAUAAUCGCGAAGAAGAAAUAAUUAAUAUGGAGCAAACCUUGAAGGAUGUGAAAUCUCAAGAUAAAGAACCGAAGAACACUGAAGUGAAUGCUUCGCUAACUAAUGUAACACAAGACGUCAUACCUAAUGAGAAACAAACACCAAGUGUUUAUAGUGAUGAGCAAGGUGUUAAAGAUGUCAAAGAACAAACAUCAUCAGCGAAAAGUAAAGUAACGUUUGAAGAUGUUAAAGCAUCUUCAUCAGGGAGAAGUGGAGUGGUAUUUGCAGAUGAACAAUUGACUCAUGAAAGAGGCGUACAACGUGAGGCAUCUCCAAGUGAUAGUGAACAAACACCACCUCAAGGAAACAAUCAAACUAGCAACUCCUCGAAAUGUAAUAUAAUGUAA